CUCUCUCUCUCUCUCUUUCUCUCUCUCUCUCUCAUGCAACUUUUCUUGCGAGUUCAGUCCGAGGGAAACUUUUGUUCACGAAUAUUUGAUGUUACAGAUAGAUUUAUUCAGUGUUUCUUGUUUUGCGUUGUUGAUGGAAUUUGGAAUAUAUUCACGUGGAAAUGUAGGAAUAAUUGUGUGUUUAAUUUUGGAGUUAUCUUUAGCUUUUCUUUCAAUCUGAGAAUGGAGACGGAUCAGCCAAAUAAAUUCUUCUCGCGUCUAACGACAUCGAUCUUCGUCAUUGUGCUUCCUUUGCUCUUCGUCGAUAUUAUGUGGGGCAACAUCGCUUACUUCCAGCAACGCUCCAAUUAUUCCCCGGCUCAAACCAUCUCCACCACCACCGCCGCCACAAAAUCUGUCGGAGAUUCCGAUUCUUUAGAUUUUGUCCUCUCAAGAUUAGUCCAAGGGGAAGACCUGAAGAGCUUCAGAGCAACCGGCUUCGGAUGCGACACACAAGAACACUCGAAGCACUGCAUUACAAAUCGAGCUGCGCACAUCGACACCACAACCAUGACAGUCACAAUCCCCUCCGAAGAUCCUUUCAUGAAUGAAAUGACGCUCCACCCCUACGCCAGGCAGGAAGAUAAAACCCUCAUCGAAAAGGUAACCCCGGUGAGGAUAGUGCGAGGAAAGAUGAUGGCCCCACCCCCGCCCUGCGACUACAGCCACAACAUCCCAGCAGUGGUGUUCUCGACUAGCGGAUUCGUCGGCAACACGUUCCACGAGAUGGAUGAGACCAUCAUCCCCCUCUUCAUCACCACCUUUCUCUUUAAUACCCGCGUGGUCCUUAUAAUGGAGGACUACAAACCUUCCUUUGCCAAAAAAUACCGCAAAAUCCUCUCUGGCCUCUCUUCCCGCGAGAUCCUAAACCCCGCCGCAAAUCGGAGCGUCCACUGCUUCCCGGCGGCGGUAGUCGGCCUCAAGUUCCACGGUUUUUUGUCGGUGAACUCCUCCGACAUACCGAGGGGGCUAACCACCUCCACUUUCCGACAGUUUCUCCGGCGAGCAUAUGACCUCAAGUACAGCCACAUCUCUCAGAUCAAGAACACUCCGACGGUGAUGCUGGUGUCGCGCACGACGUCGAGGCGGAUCAUCAACCAGGAUGAGGUGGUGGCGAUGAUGGAGGAUUUAGGGUUUCGAGUGAUUGUGGUGAAGAGAGCGAAAGUGGUGGCGAAUCUCAACGUGUUCUCGAGCAUGAUAAACGCGUGCAGCGUGUUCGUGGGGGUCCACGGGGCCGGGCUCACGAACGAGGUGUUCCUGCCCGACGGGGCGGUGUUGGUGCAGGUGGACUUAAUAGGUCUGGAAUGGGCUGCAGAAGCAUACUUUGGCCGUCCGACCCCGGGAAUGGGGCUUCGGUACUUGAGGUACAAGAUUGAGCCCGAAGAGAGCUCGCUCUUAAGGAUAUUCGGAUCGCGAAGCCAUAAGGCUUUCACGGACCCCGGAGGUGCAUUUCCGGUAGACGCGGGGACGGAAGUGUACCUUAAUGGCCAGAAUGUUAAUAUUAAUGUAGACAGGUUCAGGCAGACCAUGGCUAUGGCAAUGAGCUUUAUUAGAGAUUAA